UGGAAAUAUCUGGUAAUCUAGCAGUCUAGCUAUCACUUUUUGCGACAGCUGCUCCGUGAGCGUUCGUGUCAUUUUGUCAUCAGUCGCAGAAUUUUGGGGGUUCGGAUUCGGAUUAUCAGAUCUCGCGAAAUCGUAUCACACACACAUUUAUCGAACAAUGGCCACUGUACUCGGACGUGUAAUUAUAUACGGAGGCAAAGGUGCCCUCGGAUCGGUUUGCGUAUCGCAAUUUAAAGCGCAAAAUUGGUGGGUUGGCUCUAUUGAUAUGAAACCAAAUGAACAGGCUGAUGCAAAUGUACUUGUAAAUCCUGAUAAUGAUUGGCAGCAACAGCAAACAGAAAUUCUGACCCAGAUUAAAACUACUCUGAAAGAUGAAAAAGUUGAUGGAAUUAUUUGCGUAGCUGGAGGAUGGGCUGGUGGCAAUGCAGCACAUAAAGAUUUUAUAAAGAAUAGUGAUUUAAUGUGGAAACAAAGUAUUUGGAGUUCCACUAUAGCCGCUAGCAUUGCAACUCAAUAUUUGAAAGAGGGAGGAUUCCUUUCAUUAACUGGUGCAAAGGCAGCAUUGGGAGAAACACCAGGUAUGAUUGGCUAUGGUAUGGCAAAAGCAGCAGUUCAUCAGUUGACAAAGUCUCUAGCAGCUAAAGAUAGCGGUCUUCCUUCCAAUAGUUUGGUAGCUUGUAUCCUUCCAGUUACUUUGGAUACACCAAUGAAUAGAAAAUGGAUGCCAAAAGCUGAUACCUCUACAUGGACUCCACUUGAGUUUGUAUCAAAUCUGUUUUGGAAAUGGUCUCAAAAUCAAGAUCGGCCUACUAAUGGUUCUCUCCUGCAACUCGUUACUAAAGACAAUAAAACAGAGCUGACUGUUGCUUAAAGAUGUCGAACAAAUAAAAUUCGUGGGAACAAGAAUCUCAAAGCAUUUAUGACAAUACAUAUAAUAAUACAUAUAUCUCGCUGUCUAUUGUUGCAUAAAGAAUCACAUAUAUGUUCAGAGGCAAGUCCUCCUAAACACAUCCUUAUUUUUAUAUCAAAAAUUAAUGUAAUUUCUUAUUAUCUACAAGUGUUUACUUCAGGAUUAUAUAUUUUUGUAUAUUGUUA